AUAAACACAAGCGUGAUUAGUUUUAUGAAACAAUACGCACUAAGCCGCAUUUCUCUGUGGUUUAUGAGAUAUCUUCACAUAAAUAUUUCGUUUUAGUAUGACAGUUCACAGCUCAUGAGACACCGGUACCCCUGUUAGGUUACAUGACUCCUCAAUAAUUCCGAGGAGUUACGUAAACACGUGUAGCUGGACACGUUAACAUGAUUUUAUGCUUAUUUCUUUGUAGACCAGCUGAUGUCACACUUUAUACUCUAUUAAAACGAAAGAGUCUGCAACCAUGUGGCCUGUGAUCUGGACUGCCAUGCGCACCUAUGCACCCUAUGUGACCUUUCCAGUGGCCUUUGUUGUGGGUGCUGUUGGAUAUCACCUUGAGUGGUUUAUCAGGGGCACUCCUAAUGCCCCAGGAGAACAGCGAGGUAUUGCAGAACUACGAGAGGAUAGAAAAUUAGAGGACAUGACAGGUCGAGAUGGCACACAGGUCCUCAGCCUAAAGGACAAGCUGGAAUUCACCCCAAGGGCAGUGCUGGAGAGAAACAGACCAGAAAAGAGUUAAGUUUUAAUAAGUGUCAUGAAAUUCUACAAAACACCAUGUGAUGAUGGGCAACUUGGCCAACUCAAAUCAAAUUUUGUCUCACCUUGUCCUACUGCAUGUCUCCAGAGAUGAAAACUUGGGAAGCGUAAGAACAAACUGAAUUUGUGGCAUCAUUCUUCUGCCCUAAUUACAUGGAGACUUGUGUUGUAAUAUUUACCAUGCCAGCCGAUGGAACUUGACUGCUGAAAGAAUUUUUAAAACUUACUUUGUGGCAUUUUAAUAUUCAUUUUGUGCCCUUAGGCACACAGACACAUGACUACAUAGCCCAGGCUCUAACUUGGAAAGCCUUAAGUUUUCAAUGUAUGCUCCAUGAUUGAUGCUCAUGAGAUUGAAGCUGAAAAAAAGAUCUCAUUUGUAAUGUUUUGGUGUGUGUGUUUGUGUGUAAAAAUAUAAAGUUUGUACAGUAUAAAAACCAUUAUGUUUAUGGAAAGUCCCCAUAAAAAAAGGAAACCCAACGUGUGUGAGUGUGUGUGAGUGAGUGAGUGAGUGAGUGAAUAAAAGUGCAUCUAUGCAAGGCAAUAUUUGUAGUGGGAUUAGAAAGUGUUUAAGAAGUUUGAACUUGGUGAAUAAAGAGAUUCAGUGUCUAGAAAAGCUACCUCUUUAGUGUAAUCUUCUGCUAAUUAGUAAUAAUAAGCACAGUGAAGAGUAAGGAAUGUAAGAUGCCUAGUUUUGCCUCCGUAUUCAACAUGUCAGCUAAAAAUGACUGGUAAUUUCACAAAAUCUCUUGUGCUAAAGUGUGAGGGAGGUCUGUUGAAAAUACCGGGUCAGAAUACUUUGAUUUGUCACUGCAGUUUAUCCCUGCACUGUAAUACAAUUUGAUCACAUAUAUUAAAAUGAAUUAAGGACAUUAGUAACUACUGGUGCUCUGUUUAUCAGAGCAAUUGUGUAUGUGCAAAGAUUUCUAUGACAUUUGAGUGCAAACGCACAGUUCUGCCACACGUUGUUUUCCUCCCUACAGUAUGCAGCUUAAUUAAAAAAAAGAAAGAGGAAAGCGGUAACCUUUACAUUAUUCCAACACAAGUUUUGCUUCACUGCUGCCAAAAAGCUAUUAAAACUUAAUGACUGCUGAUCUAGAUGUACAUCAGCAAAAUGCAUAAAGGCUGAUAACAAUCAUCCUUGAUUUGCCUGGUCAAAAUGGCUGUCUAUAAAAGGUUAUGUUUGUUGCAAUAUUAAAGAUGAAAGUAAAGGCAUUAAUGAAAAUAAUGGCAUUAUAUAGGCCUUAAAAUACUUCCACAACAUCAUACUAGUUCACAGUAAACCUAUUCUUAAAGGAAUAGUUCACCCAAAAUGGAAAUGUCCUCAUUUACUCACCCAAGUGUGUAUGACUUUCUUUCUUCAGCAGAACACAUUUGAGGAAAAAUAGAAGAAAAAAAAAAAAAAAACUCAGCUCAGUAGGUCUUUAAAAUGCAAGUAGAUGGUGAUCAAACCAUUGA